UAGAAAGCAAAGGUGUGCAGUCUGACAAUUAUAAAAAAAGAAAUCUGACUGGGUUUUCUCACACACACACUUUUUUCCAGCACCAUACUCAAUUUCACAAACUCUCUAUUCCUGUAUCCAAAGUAAUCCUUACUACCAAUGUUAUCACAGGCAGCAAUUGUAAAGUGAGUCCCUAAUUUUUUGAAAGAGGCUGGCAAAGUGAAGUCCUGAAGCAAAUGGCAAAAUCUGCACUUACUCUAAAAAAAUCGGGAUUUUAUUUCUCCUCUGAACUGCACUGCAGAUCUCCCAGCCUGUCCCUACCACUACCUACAAAGCAUUUUAUGUGAAAUGUUGCCCAAGUUGCAGCCACAUAUGCUGGAAGUGUCUGGGUCAGGAGGGCCCAGAGCCUUGUGCUCACAUCUGUGACCCAAGGGAGGAAAUGCAGAUUCCUCUCCAGGCUCCUUAGCGCGCUGGAGUCCACACGCUCCUCAGCUUAGAGAUGUGUCCUAAUGCUUCAUCAGUGGAAUUUUGCGGCAUUAUCUCUCUGUUCAUGUAUCAAUACUUGUCCAGACAAUUUCUUUGGAGCACACAGCCGUCAGGUUAAGAAGCAAGAAGCUGAUAAGGCCCGCAGGCAAGGAGGACAGUGUGCUGACCCUCGCCAAGGUAGCUAUUGCUUCUCGGGAGAUAAGUGUCCCCCACUCCACAGUGGGCCUCUGGAAUGACCAAUGAGUGUGGACAGGCACCAAGGUCCUCUCCUCCCAUUCCCUUUAUAACCAGGGUUGCCAGGGUGGUGAGUCCAACCUGCUCUGAGCGGUCACUGCAAGGGGGCAGAGCCAGCACCUCCUGCACAAUGACGCUGACCCAAGCCGAGAAAGCCGCCGUGGUCACCAUCUGGGCCAAGGUGGCCACCCAGGCUGAUGCCAUUGGGGCAGAAUCACUGGAGAGGCUUUUCUUCAGCUACCCCCAGACGAAAACCUACUUCCCUCACUUUGAUCUGAGCCAAGGCUCAGCUCAGCUCCGUGGCCACGGCUCCAAGGUCAUGAGUGCCAUCGGGGAAGCUGUGAAGCACAUCGAUGACAUCCGCAAGGCUUUGGCCAAGCUCAGCGAGCUGCAUGCUUACAUCCUCAGGGUGGACCCCGUGAACUUCAAGCUGCUUUCCCACUGUAUCCUGUGCUCCGUGGCUGCCCACUAUCCCCGUGACUUCACCCCAGAAGUUCAUGCUGCAUGGGACAAGUUGCUGUCCAGUAUUUCCUCUGUUCUGACGGAGAAGUACAGAUAAAUGACCUCAACAGAGGGUGAGGGAGGCCCAUCCACAGCGCAGCCCUACUGCCAGGCUCUGGGAUACCACCCCUUCCUGGGCAGCUCUUUCAAUCCCUGCUGCAGGGGCUCGGUCAUCUGCAAAACCCAAUAAAUAAUUCAAAUGUG